CUGCUGUCAUUUUCUCGUAGCGCAAAUACAUUUGAAUUAAUAUAUGCCUGUUCUGUAACGCUAUAUUUAGAAAGCAGGAAUUCCAAGCUUGGUGAGGAGCUAUCCACUAAGGUACAGCGAAUUUCUGAACUGGAGGAAGCUGUUCGCGACGCAGAAAAUGGUUUAAUGGAAACUCGUGCAGAGUCAGCAGAAGAAAUAGCCAAAGUCAAGGAGGAACUGGCAGAGACAAAUGCUCUUGUUGGUAAACUCACCACCCAGCUGGAGGUGAACUCUCGUGCGAUUCCCGUUGAAGAGGUUGAAAAACAGCUGUCAGCUGUCCAAAGCUCCAUUGAACAAUCUGAGGGCAAAUUGAAGUCAGUGACCGAAGAGCGAGAUCGCGUGCUUGAUGAACUGAGCAAAGCAAAAGAGCAGUUGAACGAGCUCGAACACGAUUUGUCAGACGCUCUUGAGCGCUGCGAGGCCCUGACUGAGGAGUUCGCCACGGAGAAGAAAAAGCUCAAAGGUGAACUGGAAAAUGCUAAGAAAUCUGAGGAAAGCUUGGUUAGAGAGUUGUGGAAGGCUGAGGAAGAACGCGCUGCUAGAAGUACUAUCCAAGAACAAGUACAGGAAAAGAUGACCAUGCUGUUUGAUGAGUCGCAAGCUUUAUCGUUGAAACUGGCCGAAGUGAAGGCUCAAAACGAAGAGCUGCUGAAAGGAAAGGAGUUGGCUGUCGAAGAAAAUAGAAUGUUACAAAUUGAAAUGCAGUCAGUCAGAGAUGACCUGGUAGACGCCUGCGGUCAGCGAGAUGAACUUCUCGCGAAGGUCUCAGCACUGGAUAUUGCUAACAAGGAAUUAGAACAACGACUGGAAACGCUGACGUCCAUUGAAGAACGUUGCAUCUGUGUUGAGGCUGCUUUAGAAAAAGUCUGA